CACCACCAAACGACCCCCCAACCCCGUGGCCUAUGCCGACAGCAGGUUGCUGAGUUUGACAAAUCUCAACUCGUGACACCGCAACGACUGAGGGCAUAUUCUCCAGUUGGCGUCCCUCUCGUGAGGUCCCCCAGUCCUCGUAGGGGAGGCCGUGGUCUCUGGCGCGCGGCCCCCGCCUCCGGCUCGGUCCGCCCAGCCCCGAAGCCGCGGGCCACUCGCCCCGGCUGCGCGCUGUCCUCUGCGGCACUGCCCGUCCAAGCCGCCCCAGGCCCCAGGCCGCGAUCUGUUAGGGGAGGAAGCCCUCAGGGGAAGGGGCACCCCGUACCCCGGGCACUCCGACCGGCGAGGCGGCAGCCAAGUUAGGCGAGGGCCCAGCGCGGAGGGAGCGCGCUGGGGUCCCAGCCCGGGCGGCCAGGCCCCGAGUCCGCGUAGCCGCAGAUCCGGAGAGGGCUGACCCCGCGCCCGGGACGAGCGAACCGGGAGUCAUGGCCACACCGCUGCUGACCGCGGGGGCCACCACGGGUCACAGCGGUGGAGAGCUGAGCUCCGGGGAUGACUCCGGCGAUGUGGAAUCGCCCCAGACCCCCGAGACCGAGGCGUCCAGGAGCCUGACGGAGGUGUUUGAGAAGGCUGCCGCACACCUGCAAAGCCUGCUUCACGUGGCCAGCAGGGAGCAGCUCUUGUACCUGUACGCCAGGUACAAGCAGGUCAAAGUUGGAAAUUGCAACACUCCUAAACCAAGCUUCUUUGAUUUUGAAGGAAAGCAAAAAUGGGAAGCCUGGAAAGCACUUGGUGACUCAAGCCCCACCCAAGCAAUGCAAGAAUAUAUCGCAGUAGUUAAAAAAUUAGACCCAGGUUGGAAUCCUCAGACAUCAGAGAAGAAAGGAAAAGAAGCAAAAAGUGGUUUUGGUGGACCAGUUGUUAGUUCUCUGUAUCAUGAAGAAACUAUCAGGGAAGAAGACAAAGACAUAUUUGAUUACUGCAGGGAAAACAACAUUGACCAUAUAACCAAAGCCAUUCAAUCAAAAAGUGUGGAUGUGAAUAUGAAAGAUGAAGAGGGCAGAGCUCUACUCCAUUGGGCAUGCGAUCGAGGACAUAAGGAACUAGUCACAGUUUUGCUACAAUAUAAAGCUGAUGUUAAUUGUCAGGACAAUGAAGGUCAAACAGCUCUUCACUAUGCUGCUGCCUGUGAGUUUUUGGAUAUUGUGGAGCUGCUGCUCCAGUCUGGUGCUGACCCAGCUCUCCGGGACCAAGAUGGCUGCGUGCCAGAAGAGGUGACAGGCUGCAAAGCAGUUUCUUUGGUGCUGCAGCGGCACAUGGCUAGCAAGGCUUAAUGAAAACCCUGGAAAACCAGUCUAAUAUGGGAGAGAGCUUCAAGGAUGAAAGAAAGCUGCAGAAAUAAUACUUCUUUCACCAGUCAUCUUUGGUAUGCAUUGGCUAAUAAAAUCAGUUCUGAGGAUCAGAGA